GCUUUGAGCUCGCGUGGCGCCCCAGGGGCCGACGGGAACGGCGGCCGCGCUGAAGAGGCCAAGAUGGCGGCAGCAGCGGCUUCGCUUCGCGGAGCGGUACUGGGGCCCCGGGGAGCGGGGCUCCCGGGCACGCGUGCCAGGGGUCUACUGUGCGGCGCGCGGCCCGGGCAGCUCCCGCUACGGACGCCUCAGGCAGUGUCCUUGUCGUUGAAGUCUGGCCUUUCCCGAGGCCGUAAGGUGAUGCUGUCAGCGCUGGGCAUGCUAGCGGCAGGGGGUGCAGGGCUAGCCAUUGCUCUGCAUUCUGCUGUGAGUGCCAGUGAUUUGGAGCUGCACCCCCCCAGCUAUCCGUGGUCUCACCGUGGCCUCCUCUCUUCCUUGGACCACACCAGCAUUCGGAGGGGUUUCCAGGUAUAUAAGCAGGUGUGCUCCUCCUGCCACAGCAUGGACUACGUGGCUUACCGCCACCUGGUGGGCGUGUGCUACACAGAGGAUGAAGCUAAGGCGCUGGCUGAGGAGGUGGAAGUCCAGGAUGGCCCCAAUGAAGAUGGGGAGAUGUUCAUGCGGCCAGGAAAGCUGUCUGACUACUUCCCCAAACCAUAUCCCAAUCCUGAAGCUGCUCGUGCUGCCAACAAUGGAGCAUUACCCCCUGACCUCAGCUACAUCGUGCGAGCUAGGCACGGUGGUGAGGACUACAUCUUCUCUCUGCUCACUGGCUACUGUGAGCCACCCACCGGGGUGUCACUGCGAGAAGGCCUCUACUUCAACCCCUACUUCGCUGGCCAGGCCAUCGGCAUGGCCCCCCCUAUCUACACUGACGUCUUGGAGUUUGAUGAUGGUACCCCAGCUACCAUGUCCCAGGUAGCGAAGGACGUGUGCACCUUCCUGCGCUGGGCAUCUGAGCCAGAGCAUGACCACCGAAAACGCAUGGGACUCAAGAUGUUGAUGAUGAUGGGCUUGUUGCUACCCCUGAUCUACGCCAUGAAGCGGCAUAAGUGGUCAGUCCUGAAGAGUCGGAAGCUGGCAUAUCGGCCACCCAAGUGACCUCAUUCAACAUCUGCUUGCCACUGUCACAAUAGGCCCUCAAGCCCAGGAGCCAUCCUGGGCCUGUUCAGGCCUCAGCUGUCCUACUCAGCUAAGCCCCUCUUCAUCUGGGACAAGAGGGGAGGGGGAAGAAGACCAGCCUCAAGUUCCAGACUCUCCUUCAGCCCCCAUGAUGGGAAUAAAUUAAGUUUCUCAGUGUA